CGUAAUCAACUCCCAGGGAAGUUGAAGAUUAAGUUUGCUUUACUUUACUAUUAAUUUGCUCUUUGUUCAGUUUUGCUUUCUUUCUUUUAUUUUUUUUUUGUAAAUUUUGUAUUACACAUAUAUUUGGUGUGUUUUAUUCUGUUCAUAUUCUAAGUAUUUCUGUGUCUACUGUAGAAGCCAGUUAUUGAUAAUUAUGUUUUAAAUCUUUAUUUCUAGUAUCAUAUUAUGUUAAUUAUUUUGUGUGCAUAAAUGUUGUUGGAUUGUCUAAAUAAAUAAAUUAAAAAAUUAACAUAUACUUCCUAUGAAUAAGGUCACUACCAUAUAGUCACUACCUAAUUCAUGAUCAUGUUUCUCUUCUAGAUCAGAUGAUCUACAUCCUAGCAGGUGUCGGCAUAAUGGCGGGCUCCCACCGACUGUGGUCGCACCGCGCGUUCAAGGCCAACAGAGCGCUGGAGAUCCUCAUCAUGCUCAUGACCUGCUUCGCCUACCAGAACACGGCCUACGACUGGGCCAAGAAACACCGCCAGCACCACAGGUACAGCGACACAGACGCUGAUCCCUACAACGCGAGCCGAGGGUUCUUCUUCUCCCACAUCGGCUGGCUGCUGGUCAAAAGACACCCGGAUGUCAAGCUACGCGAGGGGUUGAUUGACCUCUCCGACCUAAACUCCAACCCUGUGCUCAUGUUCCAGAAGAGAUACGCCAUCCCAUUGAUCGGCACAAUAUGCUUCAUAGUACCAACAGUGAUACCAGUAUACUUCUUCGGAGAAACCUGGACCGCGGCGUGGAACAUCAACAUCCUACGCUACACCCUCAACCUCCACAUGUCCUUCUUCAUCAACAGCGCCGCCCACUUGUGGGGGAAGCGGCCCUACGAUGUCAACAUACAACCGGUACAAAAUCUCUUCGUGUCUCUUGUAGCGUUCGGCGAAGGGUUCCACAACUACCACCACACGUACCCAUGGGAUUACAAGGCCGCGGAGUUGGGCAACAAUCGGUUGAAUCUGAGCACACUGUUCAUAGAUCUGUUCGCGUGGCUGGGGUGGGCGUACGACCUUAAGACUGUUCCUCACGACAAGGUACAGGCGAGGAUGAUCAAAACAGGCGACGGUAGUGAUAUGUGGGGACGUAUGAAUAGAGAUGAAGUGGAUUGACUUUAACUAUCUAUUAAACGUAAUAUGGUAGUAUUGUUUUAUUUAUUAACUUCGGCCUAAUCGAGUUUACUCUUUCAGAUCGAUUGCCCAAAUAGUCUAAAUAGUGUAUGUUGCCCCGCAGCAUACACUAUGUACCUCUCAAUGACGCCUGAAGAGUGAAAGGUGCGCAGAACAGGUUGCGCACAAAAAACGUAACGCUGUCAUUCGUUCAUCGAAUUUUACUGCCCAUAUUUUUUUCAUAUCUGGGGCUAUACAGGAAGAAAUUUUUUUUAGUGCGGAUAUUUUUUUAUUUUGUACAUAAACAAAAUUUAAUGAACACGUAUUUUUUCUUUUUUUUUUAACUCAAAAAUAACAAAGUUAUCGUUAGCUAAAGUUAUUUACGUUUAAACAGAAUUUGAGGGUCACCCUAUCGCUGUACUAGGUAAUAGGCAACUAUACUCGAAAUUUACUUAGAUGACUUUUUUACACAACAAUAAUGGCCGACUAUGAAUCAAAGACAAUCAGUAGGGUUGAGAAGUUAACGGCGGGCAUCGGAACGAUAUCAAGUAGGUAUCGUUAUAACUGAAAUACCUAAACUAAAACAUCCGUUACUAUACUACGUUAUCUUAAAAGGGAACGUAUAGUAACGUUUGUCGGUUGUGUGCAUUUUAAGAAAUUAAA